AUAAAGAAACUAUUUAUUGUUGUGGUAUACAAUUGUCAUGAAACAUAUAUUUUACAUACGAUAUAAUGCCAUUUGAUGAUGCAGUUAUAAUAACUCAAGUUGAAGUUGAGGAUUAGUACCCUUUUUACUAAUUAUUCAUUACCUUUUAAGAACAGAAAAAAACAAACAAUAAGACCUUUCUUAAAGAUGUGGAGUAACCUGUAUGUGAAAUAGAGACUGUUUAAACCGGCCCUAUUACCUGGACUACUUAAGAAUAGUUGAAGCUGAUUUAUUUAGAUUGUCAGCUAUCAUUGGAUUAAACCUAAAAUGAGUUUUAUGUUUUCUAAAACAUACACUGAAAAACGACACAACUCUCUUCCUAUUCAUCAUGUCAGAGGAACUUAUUAUGAAGUAGGAUAUAAUGUGGGGCGUACUUUUUGUGGACUGAUAAAUACACUUUUUGAUAUUCAUCCCUGUUUAAAUAAAGUAUAUAUCCCUUUAUACAAUACCAAAGAUGGCCAAGAGGUAUAUGACAAGGCGUAUCAAACUGUUAUGAAAUAUUAUCCUCAAUACAUAAAAGAAAUGGAAGGAAUGUCUGAUGGAGCUGAUGUCCCCUUUUAUAAACUUUUUCUGCUUCAUUUGGACGAUAUCCUACCAGUUUGUGUAGGAGAAAUGAAAGAAGGCAAUGAAGGCCAAGGUUGUUCUACUGUAUGUCUGAAUGAGCAACAUUCUGAAAUUAUUGGUCAUACUGUAGAUUCUUUAAAAGAAGUAUUAAACAAUAUUUAUGUUGUAAAAGCUCAUAUAACUGAAUCACAUCCUGAAGAAAUAUUUACUGCAUUCUGCUAUGCAGGCUUUCUUCCUGGUUUUACAAUGGGAUUUAAUAAUCAUGGUUUAACUUACGCAAUCAACCCUAUAAGUGCUAAGCAUUUAGGGAAAGGAAAAUUACCGAGGGCUUUCGUUGCCCGUGCCUUGCUCACUGCUUCUUCUUUAGAAAGUGUCGAAGAUAUCUUGAGAUGUAAUGGUUGUGGUAUUGCAGAUGCCAUGAGUGUUAACCUUUCUUUUUUAAACCAGGAAGGUGAUCGUUUAUUCCAUAAUAUUGAGGUAUCUCCAACAUUCCCCGUAUCUAAUGAAUCUGCCAUAAGUGUGAAGACAAUUAGUUCAGGAGGAGUUAUGUUUCAUGCCAAUAAAUUCUUGCGUCUUCAAAUACCGGAAGUUGAAGGAGCUAAGAUAGAAAGCAGUACUGUAAGGCAGGAUACAAUGAAGAAGCACAGCCUAGUCAGUGACAAAUGUGUUAUCAAUUUGCUGGGAGAUACUUCAAAUCGUAAAUAUGACAUCUUCAGAUGUAUGGAAAGUGUCUGGACUAUCGCAGUGGGUGUGUUUGACUUUCUGGCCCGAACAUGGAGUAUAUAUCUAGACAACCCCAAGCUGAAUGAUCCCGUUGUUGUAUUCCCACUGGACCACUCAUGAUAAAUCAGAUUACACCUGAAAUAUUACCUUAAAUGACACUAAUUUUAUUUACAUUUUGUUUUAUCAUACUAUUUACUUAAUAGAUGUAAUUUUUUAAAUUAUAAAAUUAAAUGUGA